CUACUCUCUGUUUCAUUGCGACAAAACUGAUUUUGUCGCCUGAGGCGUAAAUCUCGCAUUUCUGAGUUUGUUUAAAUCUGAGGAGAAAAGUAAGGAGUGCUCUUUCACAGCACUGCUCUCUACUUUUUACAGGAGGUCCCAACAACGCCCGGUGCUGCCGCGCGCUCUGCUGACGCAACCACGUCGCUGUGGAUCAAUUCGAUGGCGGACUGCUGUGUCCCCAGACCUGCCCAGGGAGGGACGGAGCAAAGUCACUGAGCCACUCUCACACGCCGGCUCCUUCAAUCGGCAGUCUAACCACCUGUGAAAGAGAGGCUGCUGUUGUUGUUACCGUCCCUCCCGUGAAGUAGUAUGCGGGACGGGCUGUGCACUGAGCGGGACGAGGCAAAAGUAGAGUGAGGAGCAGUGGAGUGUGCCGGGCUGACGGACGCGCCGCAUGUUGAAGGAGCAAGUUCACUGAAAUAACAAAAGUCGCGUCGACGAGGAAAGAGGGGGCAGCCGCUCUCGGAUUUUACGGAGGGUUGAGGGGUAUUUGGCUGUGGAAAAAUGAAAUUCGCGGAGCAUCUUUCGUCCCACAUCACUCCAGAGUGGAGGAAACAGUAUCUACAAUAUGAGGCAUUCAAGGAUAUGCUGUAUGCAGCCCAGGACCAAGCCCCGUCCAUAGAAGUCACAGAUGAAGACACGGUGAAGAGAUACUACGCCAAGUUUGAGGAGAGGUUUUUCCAAACCUGUGAGAAGGAGCUCCUGAAAAUCAACACAUUCUAUUCAGAAAAGCUUGCUGAAGCACAGAGACGUUCAGCUACGCUGCAGAAUGAGCUGCAGUCUUCACUGGACGCUCAACGCGAGAGCAACGCUCCACCUGGCCUGCGCAAACGCAAAACCAUGUUCCACCUGUCACAGGAAGAGCGCUGCAAACACCACAACAUCAAGGACCUGAAGCUAGCCUUCAGCGAGUUCUACCUCAGCCUCAUCCUGCUCCAGAAUUACCAGAACCUGAACUUUACAGGUUUUCGCAAGAUCUUGAAGAAGCAUGAUAAGAUCCUGGAUACGGCUCGUGGGGCAGACUGGCGUGUGGCUCACGUGGAGGUGGCACCUUUCUACACCUGCAAGAAGAUCACACAGCUCAUCUCUGAGACAGAGACCCUGGUGACCAAUGAGCUGGAGGGAGGAGAUCGUCAGAGGGCCAUGAAGAGGCUGAGAGUUCCUCCUCUGGGGGCAGCUCAGCCUGCUUUAGCCUGGACGACCUUCCGUGUGGGUCUCUACUGCGGCUUCUUUAUCAUCCUCGCCGUCGCCUUCAUUCUUACUGGUUCUGUGUUCAUCCACUUCGAGAAUAUUUGGCCACUGGUGAGGAUCUAUCGUGGCGGCUUCCUGUUGAUCCAGUUCCUCUUCCUAUUGGGCAUCAACACGUAUGGAUGGAGGCAAGCCGGAGUCAAUCAUGUACUCAUCUUUGAGAUCAACCCAAGAAACAACCUCUCACACCAGCACCUGUUUGAGAUCGCAGGUUUCCUUGGGGUGCUGUGGUGUCUCAGCAUCCUGUCGUGUCUGUUCUCAGAGUACACCUACCUCCCCAUGCAGAUCAACCCGCUCAUCCUCUACGGCUUCAUGGUGCUCUUCCUCAUUAACCCCUUCAAGACCUGCUACUACAAGUCACGAUUCUGGCUCCUCAAGUUGCUGUUCCGCGUCUUCACUGCACCAUUUCACCGGGUGGAGUUUGCAGACUUCUGGCUGGCUGAUCAGCUCAACUCUUUGGUGUUUGUUCUGAUGGAUUUGGAGUAUCUCAUCUGCUUCUACAUCUUCGAGCUGCAGUGGAGCAACAGCCAAGGCCUGGUGCCCAACCCCAGAGACCCUGGGGAUUUUAUGUGCCACAGCUAUUCGUAUGGCCUACGUGCAAUCAUCCAGUGUUUGCCUGCCUGGUUCCGCUUCAUCCAAUGCUUGAGGCGUUACCGUGACACCAAGAGGGCCUUCCCUCACCUGGUGAAUGCUGGGAAAUAUUCUACCACCUUCUUUGUUGUCACUUUUGCUGCGCUCUAUGCCACACACAGAGAGCAAGGACACACAGACGCAGACAUGUUCUUCUACCUGCUGAUCGUCUUCUCCACUAUCAGCUCCCUUUACACACUCAUUUGGGAUCUGCGUAUGGAUUGGGGCCUGUUUGACCGCGGAGCUGGGGAAAAUACCUUCCUCAGAGAAGAAAUUGUUUAUCCACAUAAGGCCUACUACUACUGUGCCAUCAUAGAGGAUGUGAUCCUGCGUUUCGCCUGGACCAUCCAGAUCUCUCUGACGACCAUGACCAAGAUCCACUCUGUGGGCGACAUAAUUGCCACCGUGCUGGCUCCUCUUGAGGUCUUCAGGCGUUUUGUGUGGAACUUCUUCCGUCUGGAGAACGAGCACCUGAACAACUGUGGUGAAUUCCGAGCUGUGAGGGACAUCUCUGUGGCCCCUCUUAAUGCUGACGACCAGACGCUACUGGAGCAGAUGAUGGACCAGGAGGACGGGGUCCGCAACCGUUCAGGCAAGAAGACCUGGAAGAGAUCCUACAGCCUGUCACUCCGACGCCCCCUGCUGUCCACCUCACAGUCGAAAAAGGACACCAAGGUGCUAAUUGAGGACACCGAUGACGAGGCCUUCAGCUGAGUCCACAGUGUCAGCACAUACACACAUAGACACACAAACACGGUAUACUUAUAAGGACCUCAUUCACUAACACCCAACCUCAACCCUUCUCCCUCAUAGCAAGAAGUCUAGUAACCUUUAAACCCUCAGUCUAAACCUUUAACACAGUGAGGACACACUGCCCUCACUCUGGACAGUUUACCUCAUCUUUACAUCCUGUUGUGUAUAUUUGGUCUUUAUAAGUAUAGAUAGAAACACAAAAAACACACUAAAAGAAUAACCUGCUGAAGCACAAACAUGGUGUCAUAUUGCUACAGUUGAGGAGAGAGCUAACGCCACACAGACAAACGGACAUGAAGGGAAAUCUUCUGCAUGUAACUGGAAACACAGACCACACUGCCCUGGGAUUUUUCUCUUCUUUGUAAUGACUUUUAUUGAAUUAUGUGUAGGUUACUUUGAAAUAUUAGUCUUUCUUUAGAUUUUUUUUUACUUUGUUCGGUUUUUAUUUUCAGGCUAAAAGGCUACAAACGACUGUUUACACGUCUUUUUGACUACUCUAGGAUCAACAGGGAGAAGACAAAGCCAAUCAAAAGACUAAAUAUGAAUCAAUACAAACCUGAGGAAGGACUCGAUACAAAUCACAGCAUAUCAAAAAAAAUCAACUGGUUUCACCUUGUUGAUUCCUUUUAUACUUCAUCUUUUUUCUUUUAAUACUGUCAAUCACAGCCCUGGAGGCACUUGCAGGAAAAGUGCGUUUAAUACACAAAACAUGAAAAAACAAGUGAUAAAAAGGGAUGUUUUUGAUUCAAACAUUUCUAGUCUGUAACGUUGCUUUGUAAUAUAUUUAAUAUAUUUUGAUGUGCAUUGUUACUAUUGUAGUUGUUUAGUACUUCUACAUGUGUUGUUUAUACUAGUGAGACUAGUUUGAGCAUCCACACAAUGAUUGUUAAUGUAUUUUAUAAUGUUUGGAAUGUUUUAUUGGUUGUGCCACAUUUUAAUAAGCUCAUAGUUAGACCUUAAUACUAUAGCCCCAGGUUCAAAUUAGUGGAGAAAUGAUUGUGAUUAUUGUGACAAUUUAAAGUGCCCUAUUAGCUUUUGUGUUUUUACGUGCAUUGCUUUUAUUUGAAUUAACUACCAAAGCUUUCUAAUAUGAAUGUGACUGUGACUACAGUAGUUUUGUUUAUCCAACCUGCAUCAAUUAUCUACAGAUGGGCUGUUUCAGCUGCCUGAUAAUAAUCCCCCAUGAUUUUAGCAGCUUUGGAUGCUUUUAGAUGAAAUUCAAGCAAGCCCAAAGAGUGCACUUCAUGCCAGCAGUUUUCAAAUACGAGCGGGACCAGGGAGGAAAAUGUGAAGCGCUUUCAAAACGGAGUGAGUCUGAAUCAUGAGUGUUGUAAAAAAAACAAAACAAAAAAAAAAGAGUGUUGUGUUGCAAACAAAGCUUUCUAGAUAUAACUAAGUGAUAUUUCUGAGAUGGGACAAAAACAGAUGGAUUGGCCAAAACUAAAACAUAAAACAUGUCAAAUGGAAAUUAUGGAAACAUGCACAUAAAAAGCAGACCAAGUUCAAGCUGAUGCAACUUAACUUUUUCUCAUAGUACAGCUGAUAAAUAUUAGCUGUUUUUGUGAGAACUUGCCAGUGUGGCAUGAAAGAGAAAGUUUAGAACCACUGGUUCAAUACUAUUGACAUUUAACACAGAGGACAUAUCAUGAACCACUUUUCAGUAUUUUUGCACAUAUAUUUGGGUAUCUGGGGUAUCUUCAAACUCACAAAAUGUGAAAUAUGCCAACACAAUCCUUUGUUUGUGGUCCUUUGUCCGAAAACACAAAAUCUGACAGUCUAUUCAGUCUGCACUUACUAUGACAUCACAGUGUCAUUUUAACAAUACCUGCCACUCACAUGCUCUUUCCACUCAUAGAGCUCCCCUACAGUCAUAUUAGCAUGCAGCUAUACCUAUGCUAGCACUCCCCAUGGAAGAGAGGGGCAGAAUGAGAGGGAGCUCAUUUGCAUUUAAAGUGACACAUACCAAAAACAUCUGUUCUGAUAAAGCCUGUUUUGAGCUGGUUCAUACAGGAGUCAAAAACCUCUUCUGGUGCUUUAUCUGUUUGGCAUGUUGACCAAAACACAGAACAGAUGUUUCAUUUAGACCACAGGGGACUGUGUUAAAAGGUGGAAAAGAAAGAUAUGAUCCAUCACUUUUAAUGCUAAAGUACUGUUACAAAUUCUGACCAAUCCCCUGAGAAUACUUGUUUGUUGCUUGAUGAGAUUUUUUAAAUCCACUUGUAAUUGUGCUGCUGAAGAUGGUUUUGUGAGCCUUUUGUGCCAUGUAGGAGGUCUCCUACUUCAGAAAGUUGGACUAUAACCCAAUGAAGGUCUGGCUAAAGGGCGUAGAUCUCAGAGGCCCCCUCUUGCAGACCACUAAACUACAGUGAGACCCACAUCUGCCAGAAUGAAAGGGAAGUAAUUUGCCAGUAGCAAUGUUUUAGGAGUGAUUUUUUCUCUUUUUUUUUUGUUGUUUUUGUUUAAUAAACAAAGUCCAGCAGUUACAUUCAUGAAAUAACCACAUUGCAAAAAUUACAGACUAAGCAACAUUUCAUAAACAAAACAGGUCUGAUGUCCAAUCAGGGAUUAUAUUUUUUAAUUUUAGAAGUAGAUUUACGAAAAGUGGCUCGCUUUAGCUUAGCUAGCUUUAGCUAAAGCAUACAUAUAGCUUCGUUGGCUAUGUAGUAAAUGUUACUUCAUUAGAUAUAAGCCAAUGUAGCUAUGAUAGCUUUAGCUAAAGCUAAUAAAACUCAUGUUAGCCACCAUUAGCAUACCUACAUCUAAAACAGGUCUGGCUUCAGCAAAUGUACGUAGCUUUGUUAGUUAUGUGGCUACAUCACCUACAUAGCUGAUGUAGAUAACAUAGUUUUUUUAAUCUUUAUCUUAAGCUUUGUUUGUUAUGUAGCUAUGUCACCUAUGUAGCUGACCUUGCUAAUGUAACUUUUUUAGAUUUAGCUAACAUAGCUUCUUUAGUUUUAGCCUUAGCUGCUUUAAAGUGUUUUCACUGAGGGCGAGCUUUUUCCCCAUAAGCAGACUUGUUUACUAGCUUUACUCAAUGUUUUAUAAUUGGGGUUUCCAGGUUAGGUUUGUGACUUUUAACUUUUGCUAGCCUAACCCUUACCUCAACCCUAACCAAAAGUUUAACCCGAUUUUAUUUUGCAAGUUUUAGCAGGCAUUUCUGUUCUGGCAGAUGCAGUGUCUCAACUAGUAAAACAAAGCAAACUGAGGAAAACCUUUGUCAAAGAUUUAAAAAAGAAUGGAGGGAUGUAAUCAAAGUAUUGCAAAUGUAACUUCUGAUUUUGGUACUUGCUGUGAGUAAACUGGGGCAGUUCUGUAAAUGUCAAUACAGCACUCUUAAACAGAAAAUAUCUAUUAUCCCUGACAUUUUUGUACAAUUCAAUCAUUCAGCAUUUCAGUUGCCAUACAUAUGUUGUUAGUCCUGUGUUUAUUGUUGCUUUUAUUUAGCACUUUAAAAAUGUUUUUAAUUGUUGUGAUUUGAUUGAUCUUUGAUAAACUUACUAGAAUUUGAACUUUGAUAUGACACUAGUAAAAAUCGCUAUUUGUUUUAAUGCCAUGGCGACAAAAAUAUAAGUCCUAGGAUUUCAUGAUAGGGAACUCUCUUGUUGUCAAUUCUCAUAACAACGCAGGCGAACAAAAUGUUGAUUUUUUUGUGCAAUUCAGACAGUGUGCAUGAGUUUACCUGCAAUGUUUGAUGGCUUAAUCCCUCCUCUAGGCUACUCUAUAAUCAAAAAGUGGUAGUAUUAUGAAGUUUGGUACUAUUUAAUACUAUUGACCAUUAAAAUUACAGAGAUUUUAUUUAUUUUAAAACUUGGUAUUGAACAGUAUCAAAAAGUUGACGUAUCUCAAAUAAGAUAAAGCUGUUGCUUUAUGUGUUGUGUGCUUCUGUUUCUCCCGUAGUGGUAAAAGACGUAAAAGUUUCAAUGUGCAAUGAUCUAAACAUGAACUGGAGCGUAUGAGAAUGUGUUGUACCUGUUAAAAUGUAGAAGAUGGGUUGAUUCCCUGUCCAUUUAAAUACACUGGACACAUGCCAUAACACACACACAAACACAAACAUAUUGCCUCUCUCUCAACACUACAGCAUAUGUUUUGUAAAAAGGCUCUGUUGUCUUGCCUGCAUGCUGCUUUUGUUUUACAUUGUACAUAGAUCUUAAUUUAUUUGAUGUGUAUAAUAGCGAUCAUUGUAGCCACUGUGACAAUGAUUGAGCGCAUUUGUUGCCAUUUUGCUCAAGACAAGCAGUAUUUUUUAGCUUUUUUGAUUGGUCACAAUCCUGCACUCUUUUUCAUGUGUAAAUCUUUUCAAAUGUGUUUGUAUAAUAUAAGGGAAAAAACAAUGGAAAUGCAAACUGUGAUUGGUUGUAUCUUGUUGGUUUUUCCUUCAUGUU